UCUAAACAUAUUUCAGAAUAAAAAUGUCCGAUCCAUGUCAACUGAAAUGCAGGUUUUGUGAACAGGAGUUUAACAGCACCUACAAGGUCAUCCCUCACAUCUUCUUUGGUCAUCACAAGAAGAUUUUUAAGAGGAUAUCGAAGAAGGAGCAGUUAAUGUAUGAAUGCCCUGGAGGAUGUGAUUUUAAGGUUUCGGUCUCAAAAUAUUUCAAGCCAGGUUGCAGUUCAGAGGAGUUGGUAAGCUCCCUGGUUCACUCUCUUGUAACCCUUGAGGAGCAUCUUAACUCCGUCCACACCAAGGAGGAUAAAACGGUGGUGUGCAGCUGCGGGUUCCAACUAAACAAUACUAUCUAUUGGGAGCAUCUACAGGAGCAUAUGGGAGCUGUUGUAGUAUCAACAACUCCUAAAAAAGUUAAAGGUCAGGCUCAGUCAAGUUCCACUCCCAGACAACCUGGAAGCAAGACGGUGGAAACUCCAGACUCGCUUAAACCACCAGAAGCUUCAAUUUCAUCCAUCACACCUGUCAUAACUCCAGUUUUAUCCGAAAAGUCCACUGAGCCAGCAAUCCAAGAGAUAAAAUCUGUUGAAGCGGAAGUUAAACCGGACUUACCCUCUGUAGACUUGAUUGAAAAGGUUGUCGCCUCUAGAACUGGUAAUGAAGGUGACAAACCCACUGUGGAUAUGCCUGUUUCCAGCAAACCCACUUCUCAUGAGGUUAACACUAAUUCAAGUACUCCACCAGUCUCAGGAACCAUAGGUUCUACUCUACCAAACCAGUUUGUCCCGGUUUCAGAUCCUCGAGUAAUUUCUCCUCCUUUGAAAACCGCAAAACUUCCUGGCGAGCUGGCCGCGUCAACCAUACCGUUCAGUAGUUACUUCAAAAAUAAGAAACCCGAAACCUCCAUCGAACUGAAACCACCGGAACCCUCAAUUGAACUAAAACCAGCUGAACCCUCAACCGAGCUUAAAGCACCUGAGCCCUCAAACGAAUUAAAACCAACUGAAACUUCAACCGAACUGAAACCACCGGAACCUGUUGUACGCCGCCCUUCAGGAGAAAAACCUAAGAUAUCCUUGUCGGAGUACACUCAGCUUCACAAAAUCCGUAGACAUUCAUCCGGGGAUGGCUCCGAUAAACUGGAGAAACCCGAGAAACCGGAACCUGUUCCAAGUUCAGUAACUAGACCCGUGAUACCCGCCCCACUUGGAGCUUCCAAUGAGAAACUAAGCGUGAAGGAAAGAAAUGUAUCUGGAUCUGGGGAUUUAAGAUCAGAGGCAGAGAGAAUGAACAUUUCUUGGAAACAGGACAAGGAAAGAAGAAAGUCUGGUUCUGGAGACUAUCCUGGAGAAAGUAAACCCAAACCUGAAAUAUCUCCCAGAUUGGAACAUGAUAUCAUUAAGGGUAAUAUUGGACUCGGAGGGAAAGUUGUCGAACCAAUGCGUCCUCCUACACCUCUAGAUCGCCCUAGAACUCCAUCAGUAAGUCCUAGUCCGGACGGUUCGCGUUCUACAACUCCCGGAGAAAGAAUGUCACGUCCAACAACUCCUCUGGACAGACCUCUUUCAGCCUCUAGAAGAGGAUCGUCAGACCAGAAACCUCGACGGCUUAGUGAAAACUAUUACCCCAAGGAGAAACCUUCUAAACCUGAUCUAACAGAGGAGAUGGAACGCCAGAUUAUUUACGGUGGGUUUCUGAAAAAGCGAGGAAAAGGGAAACAUGAGGAGUUGAGUUCAAACAACCAGGAAGAGCGGAAAGAAAUGAAAAAGGAAGAUUUUAAUAAACCGGCUGCAGAGCAGGAAGUAAAGAAUGAAGAGAAGGUUGAACCAGUAGAAUUGAAAAUGAAGGAGGAAGGACCUAUUGAGGAGACUAUUGAACAAAAACAGCAAAGAGAGCGUCGGGAGAAAAGGAUUCAGGAUGAAAAGGAUAAACUGACAAGAGAGGAGAAGUUGGCUGCAGUAAGAAGAGAAAUAGAAAUGAGGUUCCAGGAAGAAGAGCUGAAGAGAAUGCGGGAUAAGGAAGUCACUAAGAAAAAGGAGAACGAACUACGCGAAAAGAUCCGAAUUGAAGAGGAAAAGUUAAGAAAGGAGAAAGAAAAGAUCGUAUCAGAAAAGAAGAGAUUAAAGGCUGAGAAGAAGAGAUCACGGAAAUCUAAACACAAGCGACGAGAUUCUGAAGUUGAAGUUGUUGAUCUAGACGAGGAGGAUGUUAGACCUGCGAAGGAAAGACGAAGAGAAAGUGUUGAUGAUGAGGAGAGUAAAGAAAUGACUCCGGAGAAUAUUGAACCUGUCAAGGAGAAGGUUAAGAAGCAAGAUCAGUACGAGAUGCUGAAAAUGAACUUCCUCUCACAACGCAAGCAGGCUAUAGAGAAUGAAAUCAGGUUGUUAGAAAAUGUUGAGAGUGAGAGUCCUCCUGGAGAGGAUGGAUCUGAGAGGCUGGGUGAAAAGACUGAAGAACCCGAGAAUGUAGAAGAUGAGGAGGAUGAUCUUGAAGCUAUGAUGAGAGAGUACAGAGAGAAGGAGAUGUUAGCUGUCCCUGAAAUGGCUCCGGCACCAGAGAAAGUUGAAGAAUCAGAGAAGCAGAGCAGUUUAUCAUUCCUCAUGGAUAGUUACGGAGGAGGAAAGAAAAGAUCUGGAAGUGAUUCCCCUGAAGCAUCAAGAAAAUCCACUGAAGUCCGUCCAACUUCUCUGGAGAAGACAAUACCCAAAGGAUUUGACGAGCUUGGAAAUCCGCUAGACGAAAUACACUCGUUCCCGACCGAUUUCGACGAGUUCGGCAGAACAGUCGUAGCUGAUCCUUCAGGUCGUCCAGUUCCGGCCGGGUUCGAUGCCGACGGUCAUCCUCUGGACGGUCCUAAGAUCAAAUCAGAUCCAACGAGUGAAGCUAUGCUUAGAGCCGCAAAUAUAGCUGCCAUGGAUAUCAUGGCUCCAGCGAAACAGAGUAGAGAGUUGAAAGCUGCUAGUCAGCUGCAGUGUAGCUUAUGUAAGGAGGAUGGUGCUCAAGGAGUUUAUUAUUCAGCAUAUACUCUUCUCUCUCACGUUUUCCUCAUACACAGGAAGAAGAUUGUAUCUCGGAGUCGGAAGGUUCGUGGCAUGACUCUGGCUUGUCCGGAGGGGUGUGGAUUCAUCACUGAUAUGUCCAAGGAGCAGAUUAGUAUAGAUUAUUUUACUAACGUCCUACCCAGUCAUCUGGAGGAGCUUAGUGAACAUAUCAGGGAUUGUCACACUGGAGAACCUAGGAUGGAAACCUGUCAAUACUGCUCUCUUCCUUUACAACAUGAAGAAAGCUGGAGCUGGCAACAUCUUGCUAAUCAUGGGGAUGAGAGAAGGUUCUACUGUGAUAGUUGUAAUAACUUCCCCUUCAAGACGGAGGUACACAAGUGCCCUGGAACGGGUUUAGAAACAUACUUCCCCUCUUCUCCGGGUCUGGAACCGAGUAGGAAGAGGAGGAGGAGUGAGGACGGGUUGGAUGUGAGGAAAACUAAAUCUCUUGAAGAACUAGCAAGGGAGGUGGAGACUGGAAACCUGGAUAUGGAGAAACUUGUGAAAAGUAAAAACCUGGGGAACAUGGAACGAUAUCUGUGUGAUACCUGCGAUAGGUUCCUACCUUCCCUUUCACAUUUAUGCUUUUCCUCCCUUCUUCUUUUUAGCCUUAAAAGUUUAAAAUAA